GCUGUCAGCAAUUGCGUAAGAACGUGCUCUCUCCUCACCAACCAAAAAGCCAACCAGAGUCCUCCCUUCGCUGGCUGCUAGUAUUUUAGUAGCGCCUCACGCACACUGGCCUCCUCCCACUCGUGGCCACUCCUCUUCAUCCACGGUGACACAGUGAGAGAGAGAGGUAGCAAGCUAGAGGGCGUCGACAAUGGAGAGGAUGCUGGCGAGGCUCGUGCGCAGGAGGUCGCUCCUCCACCAGGGAGCGGCGGCGGCGUCAAUGGAGCUGGCCAGCGCAGGCGGCUCGCCGUCGCUCUUCUCCACGCAGCAGCAGCAAGCGGCCGCCGCGGAUCCCGGCGUCCUGCCGGCCGGGCUCAACAUCAGGGACUCCGCGUCCCAGCUGAUUGGAAGGACACCAAUGGUCUACCUGAACAAGGUCACCGAGGGAUGCGGCGCCCGGAUCGCGGCCAAGCUCGAGUUCCUGCAGCCGUCCUUCAGCGUCAAAGACAGACCAGCAAUUUCAAUGUUGGAAGAUGCUGAAAAGAAAGGGUUGAUCACUCCAGGAAAGACAACACUGAUCGAGCCCACAUCAGGGAACAUGGGCAUUGGCUUGGCGUUCAUGGCUGCCCUAAAAGGGUAUGAACUCGUUCUUACAAUGCCCUCCUACACCAGUCUUGAGAGGAGGGUGACCAUGAGAGCCUUCGGUGCAAAUCUGGUCCUUACCGACCCAACAAAAGGGAUGGGUGGAACAGUGAGAAAAGCAACAGAGCUUUAUGAGAAACAUCCUAGUGCAUACAUGCUUCAACAGUUCCAGAAUCCUGCUAAUGUCAAGAUACACUAUGAGACAACUGGUCCAGAAAUAUGGGAGGAUACACUUGGACAGGUUGAUAUUUUCGUCAUGGGGAUUGGGAGUGGUGGCACUGUCACGGGUGUCGGCAAAUACCUCAAGGAGAAGAACCCCAACGCGAAGAUCUAUGGAGUUGAACCUGCUGAAGCAAAUGUUCUGAAUGGUGGAAAGCCAGGACCUCACCUAAUCACUGGAAAUGGCGUAGGAUUCAAGCCAGAUAUUUUGGAUAUGGAUGUCAUGGAAAAGGUUCUUGAGGUGAAAAGUGAGGAUGCUGUUAAGAUGGCUCGAGAAUUAGCAGUUAAGGAGGGUCUUUUGGUUGGGAUAUCAUCAGGAGCGAACACCGUUGCUGCUAUUGAACUAGCAAAGAAGCCAGAAAACAAAGGAAAACUCAUUGUGACUGUUCUUCCAAGUCUUGGGGAGAGGUACUUGUCGUCUGCACUGUUCGAUGAGUUGAGAAAGGAGGCUGAAGCCAUGGAACCAGUGCCAGUAGACUAAUCUCACCAAUCAAACAGAGUACUGGAUAUUUGGUGCAUAAUAAACUUCCCAGCAACCAUGUUGCAAUUGCCAGCUGUACUUCAAUUCUUCUCAUCAAAAUUGUACUUUCAGUCCCCCUAAAAAACUCUCCUUAAAAAAAAGGUUGUACUUUAAGUCUGUCAUGUGCAGACCUUGUGAAAAAAAGAGCAAAAAUAACAAUGAAAAUGUUUAGCAAGAGCAAUUUUAGUCUCUGGACAUUUGUGAUGGUCA